UUUUAGACCAUCCAAUAUUUUAAGUUUCCAUCGAGCAGAUCACCCAUUGCUUUUACAUUUCCCCAUAGAUUUAAUCUUGUUUUACUUGACUCUUGUAGAUUCUUCACCUAUAAGCUUCGUAAGUUACUAUUCCAUACCUAAUGAAAGCUUUUAAUAUAUAUCUGCAACCAUCCUGCAUUUUAGAACAUUACCCAAAUUUUUGUUGUUCCUAAUCUUGGAGAAAUUAUUACGUGUGAAAUACAGCAAGGACUACUCUUGGUUUGAGGCAUUGCUUAUUUUUUAUAUAAUCAGCCCAAACUAGUUCUCUUUUCUGUAAUAUGACUGUCAUAUACUCAGUUUUUGAGAUAGCAGUUUCCAUUAACAUGAAGCAUUCUCUUCAAGCUAUAAGCGUGGCCUGUUUCUUGUUUUUGCUUUUCACAUUAGGUAAAGCACAUGAUUAUGAGACUCAAACUGCCGCUGCAGGAGUCCUUGAAAAUGAAUAUUUGCCUAACUAUGGAGGCGCAAAUGGAGGAUAUUCAUCGGAAAACGGAGACGACUCACCUCACUAUGGUGACUCACCUCACUAUGGUGAUGCUCAACCUGACUAUCUUUUCUCCAAAGCUUUGCAAUGUUUUACUGAUAAGCAUAUAUACAGUCAUUGUGAGGAGUCUUAUAGAUUGACUGAGACAGGGGAGAUCCACGUACCACCUGAAUAUGCCGAUCAAUUUUGCAGAGGACCCUGCUUGGAGGAGACUCACCUUGUGCUAAAUUGUCUUGAAAACAUACUGCCGCACUUCAGGUUUUACAAUAAGGCCACCGUUAGAGCAGUCGAAGAGACUAUCAAAGAGGGAUGUAGCUAUGGCCCUAAAAGAGGUUUUUUCAGUGUUCUUGAGCACAUCCUAGACUAUGAUAGCACUGCUUUUCGAGCUUCAAAGUCCAUGCUGCAUGGCUUUGUUCUGAUGACUUCGGCACUUAUUUUCAUCCUUUAAAGCAAUGUUCAAAAGUGAAGAUAUUGAUGGAAAAUUAGCUUCAUCGAGCACUCUAGUUUUUGAUGCUGUUUAAUUUUACAAGUGAUAGUACUGAUAGGUUGUAUUAGUUACAAAAAAAAAAAAAAAAAAAAAAUUGCCUAUCUGUUCAUUAUAUGUUGAUCUGGAUAAGAAUGUUGUAUGAUGUAACAUUUAUUUCUUGGAAAUUCUUAUUCCAUGUGGGCCGUUGUUGUAGA